AUGAAGGUCCUCUCCCUGGGUGAAUUCUUCUGGCCGUGUAUUCUGUUUAUGAUUCUGUUAGUACUUCGUUUUCAAGAACCUCCCAGACCUAGAGACAAUUGUUAUUUGCAACCCCGGGAUCUGCCCAGCCGGGGCGUUUUCCCCUUUGUCCAAGGCCUUCUUUGCAACACUGGGUCUAGGUGCAGGAGCACAAGCUAUGAAUGGGCCACAGAGCAGCAUUUUUGGAAAGAGAAACACAAACAUCCUUUUCAGAAUUCAUGGGAAGAUGCUAAGGCUGACAACCUGGCCUUCUUAAAAGAGGUAUAGGACCUCGCCCAGGAAGUUUAUGAAAUGAUGGACAAGGCGAGAAACUUACAAAAACUUUGGGUAGAAAAAUCCAAGACUCCAGAUUCUUCUUAUGGUUUCAGUUUUUUAACAAUGGAUCUCAGUAAGACUGAGGAGAUGAUCGCUAAGCUGGAGAGUCUUCACUGGCAGCCCCCAGUCUGGGAUUUUCUACUUUUACUGCCGAGACUCUAUGCAAACAAUGUCCGUGUUGAAGACAGCCUCCUCGGGGGAGGACACCUACUCAACUGGGCUCUGAGUUCCUUCUCAGCUCUGGAACAUUUAGACUGGCUGCCAGUCAGCCACACCUUUUCCAGGGUCUCUGCAAUGGUGCUGGAUGUGGCCAUUUCGACGCUGGUAUUUCUGCAGGAGAACGGAGCAGCGGCCAGGGAGUCAGGAUACAGCCUGUCCUUGAAGGAGCUGGUGUGGGACCCACAGAAGGUUCAGGCUGACCUGAAAUCCCUAUUCGGUUUUGAUGACCUUCACGCAGAACGAAUCCUGAAUUAUUCCGCUGUUUUCCAUGUUAUCCCUGCCUCAAAGGCAAUUCCCACAGACAGUUCACUGGGGCGGAUGCUGUGUUCAGCCUUGUCCGGCUGCCAUGAGGAUGAAGAGGAACGGGUUGGGGGGGGGGGUCACCCUGCAGACUGCGACCCCAGGUGGUCAGCGGCCAGAAACUACCUGCUCUGCGCCACCAGCCAGCUGCACCUCUGCAAACAGGAAGAAGAUAAACAUGAAACAGUUAAUACUGAAAAUGAAAUGAACUACGAAAAGGUGAACGUCAAUAUGUUUAGUGCUCAGGUAUUUCAUACACUUGAGAAAGCCCAACCGUUCCUCAAACAGACAUACCCCUGGAAAGACUUCAUGGGGUUCAUACGGAAGACUUGCCAGGUGGCUCGAUAUGUGAAUAAGCAGGAAAGUUUCCAGAACAAUCUUCUUGUUUUCUCUGAGGAAUCUCCUUGUCAUGAAGAAAACAUGGAUUGGAAAAUCAUUGGUGAUAAUUAUUUCGCAUUUUUGAAUAACUUGAUCAAGACUCCAGCAGCUUCCAUAUCUAGGGUCUUACAUCUCACAAAGGCACUUCUAAUGAUGGAAAAGAAGUUGCAGACCCUUGAGGAUGAGCAGAACUUCCUUUUAUCUCUUACGGGAUUUUGGGAGAAAUUAUUAUUGCCCAAUCCUUUCGGCUCAUCCAGUAUUCCCAAAUUCCAUAACCUCUCACCUCUCCCUGAGACGAUUCUAAAUACAAGUCAUUUGUGGAUAAAUCAUUUAGCGAGUUUAGAGAGAGACACACCUGGUAUUGAUACUCAGAAACUUCUGGAAUUUGGCAAAGAAAUGAUUGAAAAGGUAUAAGCUCUUGAAAGUCUCUGGAUAAGGAAGGAAUCAAGAAAUAUCUUGAGAUUUAUGGAAUUAAUACUUUUUGGAAUGAAUCCCAAGAUCCUGGCAUUGUGGACGCAUGGCGCUUCAAAAGGAGAAAGAGCUAAACUGGGAAUCUUGUCUACACUUGUAAAUUUUUCUGAUCCAUAAAAUGAGAGGAUUCAUAGUAAAAGCUUUAACUUUUCCCAGUUGUUCCAUUCAGAUUGGCCUCAGUCGCCAGCCAGGAAAAUGGAUUUUGUUCAUUUAAGUGAAGUGAUAAUAAAUAAUCUCUAUGAAUUAGGAUUUCUGAGGCAGGAACAAGUCACAGAAGCUGUAGGCACAGUCUAUGCUAUGAGGAAUACAUCCGACCUUUUCUCAGCCCUUUCUGAACCUCAAAAACAAGACAUUGAUAAAAUUUUGAUUCAUGUCUACCUAAGUGUCUUCCAGGUCAAAGAUUCAGCUUUACUUCUCUAGAUUUACUCUUCAUUUUACCAAUAUAUUUAUAAAUUCUUGAGCAUUCAGAGGAGAGGGUCUUUGCUGUCUUUCCUUACACAAAUCUCAAAACACAUUUUGGAUAUCAUAAAGCAACAUUUCCAAAACAUCACCCCAGCAUUUGCAUUUUUAUAUGAGACAACAGGGUUUCUUAGGGGAAUUUCGGAAGUAUCUUACUGUCAACAGUUGCUGUCAAUUUUUAACUUUUUGGAGCUUCAAGUCCAAUCCCUGUUGUCUACAGAGGGUCCCGCAGUGGAAGUGAUCCACGCUACUUUUUCUUUAUUUCAGUAUGUGAGCCAACUCAUCAAUGGCUCAGCAGAAGCCCUGCUAGGUAGUGAAUGCUUUGUUCUGGAUAAUAAAAGCGUUUCUUCCAUGAAUUUUUCAAUAGAUGAGGGGUCUUCAUCUAUUCUCCCGUGGGCACAAAUCCUUUCAAACCUCUCAGCAAACGGCAGUGAGUUCCAUGAAUUUACGGCCGUUCACUGUACCAUUUCAUGGCUGCAAAUGUGGGCCCAAAUCUGUGGACGCCUGGCUCAAAUAUUUCAGCUGGACACGAAUGUUUUCACUCCUCUUCGUGUUGGUCUCACUCAGAUUUUGUCUGCACUGGAAAGUGAUGUGAAAAUUCCCCAAAGCUGCCAGGGAAUAUUUCCAGAUGUGGAAAACAAAAUGAGCUCUACUUUGAAGCUUGUUAUUUGGAUGUUGAAUAGAAUGAUGGGACCUUAUUGUUCAUGGAAUAUGUCAAAAAUAAAUUGUGUGAACGUUUACUUAAAAAAUGUGGCUGACUUUCUAAACGUUAUACUUAAUGCAGUCUUUGAAAAAGAAAAGGUACCAAAACCUGAGAUUUUAUUAACUCUUUUAAAUGAUUCCACAAACCAAGUAAGGAUGAUUAUCAACAACUUAACAAGGGACGUUGAUUCUGCGCCUCAAUCCAACUGGAAACAUUUUACUGAAUUAAUUCUAAAACCCAUAGAAAUGUCAGAUGAAAUGCCUUGUCAGUUUCAAAGUAUUUGGCUGCAUUUAGUAGCUCUGGGGAAGGAAAUUCAAAAACUUGUGAAAGAUAUUUCCCCUAACAUCCUGGAAAAGAACACCUCUUCUAAAACUGAAAAAAAAUUAAACAUAUUUGCUACCAGUCCAAAGGAAAAUAAUAUACACAGCUUAGGCUGUUCAUUUUAUCAGUUAGCUAGUUACCUUGCCUUCAAUUUAUCUCAUGAUCUCCAAAAUUCACCCCAGAUAAUUUCUCAUGGAUUAAUGAAAGGUGGUCUCAAUAUUGAAUUCAUGAGAGAGGCAUUCAACGCCCUGAUGUCCUCAGUUUAUCACGAUAUUCCACAAGAGCCAGGUACUAUUCAAGUUUUAAAGAAGGUAACUUCUCUCCUGUGCACGGUCAAGAAAACAGACAUACACCUGCUAGUAGACAAGCUGGAACAGAUAAGUGAAAGCCUGAUGGAUUUCUUUAAGAAUGUCAGUAGGUUAGGUACUGGCAGUUUGGGGGUCAGCUUCUUUGUUGACUUGAUGGAAAAACUUGUCGACAGCUCACGUUCUUGGAGUGUUAACCACCUACUGAGGUUCUCACGCCUGCUUCCUAAAGAGGACGCCGAUGCCUCCAUCGACGUGUACUAUGUGCUCCCUCGUGCCAUGAGGCUCCUGCAGGGCGUGGGUGACAAAAACAUCAUGGAGGCCCUCAGGGACGUCUGUAACUUCAUGCUCCUGCAUGGCAUAAGCCUUUCAGACGUCACCAAGGAAGACUUCACUAUUGUGAUUAAAACUCUUUUGGACACAAUUGAAUUAAUAUCAGAUCAACCAGGCAUCCUUUCAGAGGCUUUAACUUGUCUUCCUGUGUUUUGGUGCUGGAAUCACACAACUUCUGGAUUUCAGCAGAAUCCAAGGUCAGGAGCCUGUGAUGCCCACAAGCUCACCUCUCCUUCCUUUUACAGCAAAGUGGCCAGUAUCCUUGACCACCUCCACCCCCCAGGUGAAGACUCACAAUGUUGGAAUGAAAGCUCACAGGUGGAAAUAACUAGGAAAGUAGCCUGUGUAAUUCAUGAAUUAAUGGAUUGGAAUUCCAUUCUUCUAGAGCUGUCCAAAGUCUUCCAUGUUAAAACUUUGCUUUUGAAAACUGUGCAAGAAUUUUGUCAUAAGGUGUUACCAUUUGUCCCAUUUUCUGGAAAUUAGAAUAGCAGCAUCUCUGAACUUUGUCCCAGCUGUUCCAUAAAAGCAGAUUGCUUUGCAAAUCAUAGAAAAAUUUAAAAAAAAGGCAACUUUACAAAAGCCACAUCAGAUGAAAACCUCCUUGAUAAACUAGCUAGUUUAAACAAGAUCCUUAAUAUUGAUGAAGGAACAGAAUCAUCUGUUAGAAAUAUUUCCUUACAUUUGGAAAGGAUAAUAAACUUGCUUUCUAGGGAUGAGAGCCUAGAAAAUAGUGCUAAUUCUGUAGUCUCUCUAUUCAUGACACUUCUGAGAAAUGGUGGUAGUUUAGAAGCACUAUCACGUUUUAUUAAAAAAAGUGAAACAACUUACAACUUUGAAGACCUAUGGCUUGAGUUUGAACAAAUCAUGAAAUAUCUAACCCAUAACUUUAGUAUCAGAUCCCUUUCUGAAAUUAACAAAGAAAUACAAAUUACUAAUUCAGUGGCUCUUCAAAACCUAACUUUGCCACUUGCCCAUUUUUCCGAAAGCCUGGAUUCAUCAUCCUUGAAGACAUUAGAAAUCAUUGAAGAUUUUUUAUUGAUCAUAAAAAACUGGUUUCAUAAAUAUGCAAAUGAAGAUUACUCCAAAAUGAUACAAACAUUAUUUCUUCUUACAGCUAACGAGAGUUCAACUGAUGAUAUAGCUUUGUUGGCUAAAGAUAUUGCUACCAUUUUGGGUAAUCUCUAAAAUGUUUCUAGAGAAGAUAAUUUUGAUGUUGCCCUACUUCUUCGUCUGCUAAACCAAGAACAGCUAAUUGAUUUCUCAGUUGUUCAGCUGCUUUUUGAAAGCUUCCUAAUUAAUUCAAUCAACAACUUAGCUGAGAAUGCUCAAGAAGCAGCCUUGAAUUUAAGUGAUACCAACCUUCAAAUAAUGAAUUUCAUUAACCUUGCCUUGAACCAUACACAGUCAGAAAAUGGUGAGAGAAUCAUUCUCCCUCCAAGAAGCAUAGUGGAUUUCUUGGAACAGCUUUUGAAAACAUUCUUCCCCUUUUUACUAAAGGAAAAUUCUGGGGACAAAAUAUCUCUUCUGCUGAAAGACUUCCACAAAGAUGUCAUUGCAGAGAUGAGUUUUGUCCCAAAGGAUAAAAUUCUAGAAAAUUUGAAACGGGAUCAUUUUCUUAUCUCCAUGAAAGAGGACAGAUUGGUGAACAUUUUUUCAUCUUUAAAGGAAGCUGUGUAUCACCUAAUCAAAAGCUCAUUUAUGUUAGACGGUGGAGAAUUUUAUUUUGAUAAUCCUCGAGUACUGCAGUUAAUGGGAGAUUUAUUCCACACUCUUCUAAGGGAAACCUAUAAAAAUGAGACUGAAAAUAAUCUGGAGUUUCUUACAGUGGUGAAUCACUUGCUUUCCCAUAUGAACAGUUCUGAGGACCUUUUCAAACUCAAUCAAGAUCUCAGGUCUGCUGUUCACCUCGUGAGAGAAACGUCAAUAGAGAUAGCACGUCUCAUGGACACUCUUUUAAACUCUCUUAUUAAGGACUUACGUGCCCUGUACCCUGCCCUCCAAGAAGUUAUACUCACUAAUCUAACCGAUUUUCUUUCCUUUAUAAAUAGUUCAUCCCUCCCCCCCACCCCCCCACCAAGAAACAGAGCGACGUUAGAAAUUACCAAGUGCUUACUUGGUGUUAUAUCAAGGGCAAGAGUGGGUGGAGAGAGUCGUGCCCUGGACCCCCUCUUGACCAUGCUGGUGGACGAUGGAGCCGAAAUGAGAGGUCUCACCACCUCCGUCACCUCCACCGUGGACCUUCUUAAGCUGGCCGAGAAAACUUCAAGAGAGGUGGCUGCCAUGUUUGAAAUGCCUUUUGUCUUCACAGCCAAUGACACCAUGAUAUUCUUGGACACCAAUGACACCAUGAAAUUCUUGGACACCCUUUAUUCCAUUUUGCAACAAAGUGUUCGAGAUGUUGCCAAUGAAAUGAUUACUUUGUAAAAAGCAGAUCAUUUAAUAUUUGAAAAUAUAGAUGACUUGUUGACGCCAUUUCUUGACUUGGCCUUUGGGAUGAUUGGAGUCAAACCUGCUGUUUCCCAAGACUCUGAUAUUUUCAAUAUGUCAUCUAGCAUAUUCACAUAUGUGAACCAGUCCAAAGAUAUUUAUGAUAUUAGGGAAGAAAUAGCUGAAUUUUUAACUUCUGUGAAAAUCAAUUUGGGAGACAUGGAAUGUCUCGUGGCAGCAUUUAAUAAUGGGACCCAAAUAUUUUCUGUGGAUUCUGUCAACUUAUGGGAAGAGAUCCUGGAUUACUUAGUUCCUAUAAAUAACACCAUCAAUCACAAAGACUUUUUAUAUUCUAAUCCAAUUUCCACUCAUAAUUUGCCUCAAGAUACAAAAGGGGAAAGAACUCGUGAAGUGAUCCUGUUUUUGCAUGAAAUACCAUCACGAAAGAGCAUGGAACUAGGGACUUACUUGAGAAAGGUGAUCGACCUCACCUUAGAAGCGCUUUGGCAUAAGUUAGGGAAGGACAACAAGGAUGUUCUUAGUCUGUUGCUGACAUUGGCUCCACAUCCAAAUGACCUUUUGAAAACCGUAACAGCAGUUGGAAAGGCCUCCAGUGGGUUGAAAAGUGACAACAGAGGUGAUUUGAGUAAAGCUUUGCUUUUCAGCACUUCUUUGAUUCAGGACGUGACUCACCAACAACUCAGAGAAGCAGUCCAGAGCGUGCUAAGUAGACUAGCUCUCGUGAGUCAAGAGCUUCUCCUCAACAGCUCUCAGAAGACACACUCCUUGAGCACUUUGUUUCAGCACAUUUUUGAAAUUUUUAUUAAUGCAACCCCUGGAGAGAAUAGCAGAUCAAGAAAAGAUGAGAAGACCAAGGAAGAGCUGGUUGACUUUCCUGACGAGCUGGAAAAGAUAGGGACCUCUCCCCAUCAGCUGAGUUGUGAAGGUCUUAUCAGGAAUCUGUCCAGCGCCUUGGAAAGCUUCAGGAGCAGCUUGGAAGAUGCCAGCGAGCAGGACUGUGAAUGCCAGCCCGGACCGGCCUCCAUGCUGCACACGCACACAUAUGUGUUGGCCCAAAGCCUCUAGAAGACUUUGUUGUCUGGGAAUCCCAUUAUGACUUUUCUUAGCAAUUUCACAGUAACUGGGGACGUAAAAGUAAAAGAGUUGGUGCAGAACAACACCAAGUUAACUGAAGAGCUUCGAUCUUCUCUCCACAUCUCGGAUGAAACUAUCAGCAGCAUUUGAGAAGCAAACGUUUCCCACUCAGAGCUACAGUUUGUUCUCUCCAGUGCCCCGACGGUGGCUUUGUCUCGAAGGCGUGAUGGGGACGUUCUUUGUCUGCUGCUCAAGUUCCCUGAGGAUGGAAAGUCUGGGUCUGCAGCGAGGGAGCUGUGCCGCCUGCCCGGGGCCCGAGUGUUUUCCCUGAUUGUGCUGAUGGGUCGGAACCUGGACCUGCGGAAUUUCGUAUACAAAACUCUGCUCCCUGCGGAAGCCAGUGGCCUGCUCAGCUCCCUGCUGGACGUCGGGUCCAGCCUCGGCCACCUGCUCCCCGGAGCCGGCUGCGUCCUCGAACACCUUCCCAAAUUCCUCCGAGCAUCAGCCUUUGGUCCUUUCCAGUCUGUGAUGAAGGUGGUUUGCAAGGACCAAGCCUCUUUCUUUAGGAACUCUGACAUCUUUCUUCACUUGCCUAGAGUUAAUGAAUUUUUAGGAGACGACAAGGAAAAAUUCAACAUUCCUGAAGAUUCAACACCCUUUUGCUUGAAGCUUUAUCAGGGAAUACUACAGUCUCCAAAUGGUGCUUUGGUGUGGUCCUUCCUAAAACCUGUAUUACAUGGAAGAAUACUGUACACACCAAACACUCCAGAGAUUAAUAAGGUCAUUAGAAAGGCAAAUCGUACUUUUGAUUUUGUGGACAAGCUGAAGACUUUAUCUGAAACACUGCUGAGCUUGUCCAGUGUUUUUCAGAGCAGCAGAAAUGGUCAGAUGCUCCGUCAACUGCAGGAAGCCCUGGAAAACAAAUUUAUAAGAAGCUUUGUAGAAAGCCAGCUGCACAUUGAUGUAGACAAAUGGACGGAAAAGCUCCAGACACUCGGAGGGAAGCUGGGCCAGAUGCUGAACCGCAUGGGCACUGGACGCCUCCGCUCCCUGGGCUGCAUCCUGGCCAACCUGACCUUCUGUGUCCUACUGACCCUCUUCCAGGGCCUGACCUGCCUGGAGGCGACCUCACAGGCCCUCAUGCGGAAGAACAGCUUCUUGGCCAGUAUCAUUUUUAACAGUUCCUCAGCAGGUAAGAACCUCAGCUCAGAAUCUCUCCAGCUGCCACCCCAGGUUACGUACAGCAUCCGGACCAGCAUUUUGUACAGCUUGAGGACGGAUCUGGUGAAAAACCCUUUCUGGAAGUUCCACCCUCAGAGCCUCCCAGCCGAUGGGUUCAAGUAUAACUACAUCUUUGUCCCAUUGCAAGACAUGAUCGAAAGAGCUAUCAUCUCAGUGCAGACGGGGCAGGAGGCCCUGAACCCGGCCGUGCAGGUGCAGGCCAUCCCGUACCCGUGUCACACCAGCCACCUGUUCUUGAACAGCGUCGGCUCCUUCUUCCCGCUGAUAGCGAUGCUCACGUGGAUGGUGUCCGUGGCCAGCGUGGUCCGCAGGCUGCUUUACGAGCGGGAGAUCCAGCUGGAGGAGUAUGUGAAGAUGAUGGGCCUGCCCCCCGCCGUCCACUUGCUGGCCCGGCUCCCGGAGCACGGGGCCAAGCUGCCGGUGAGCCGUGCCGCCCUGGCCCUCAUCCUUGGGGUCAGUGGCGUCUUCACCUCCAGCAGCACCUGGAUGGUCCUCUUCCUCCUGGACUCCGGGGUGUCGGUGGUCACACUGAGCUACCUCCUGAGCGCAUCCUUCGGCCGGGCGAGCUCGGCCGCCCUGUGCAGCAGCCUGCCCUGUGCGGCCAGCUUCCUGCCCUACAUCGUGCCGGCCUGCAGGCCUCCCUCGUCGGUGCGUUGUUUUGUGAAACUGCAGAGCAAGGCUGCUGUGUACCCCGCAGCACGUUUCAGUGCAUCACUGUCAGUUUUUCUCUUCUGCCCCUCCAUCUGCAAGCAGUACCUCCUCUCCACAACUGCCUUCGGACAAGGAGUACUUUUGGUUACAUUCCUGGAAGGGCAAGAGGCAGGGCUUCAGUGGGAUAAUAGGUACCAGUCUGUGGAACUAGUGGGCAUGACACUUGGCUGGGUUUGCUGGAUGAUUUUCUUUGAUUCAGGCCUUUACUUCUUAUGUGGAUGGUACUUGAACAACUUGAUUCCUGGCUCAUCCCUGCAAAAUGGGGAAGGAGAGCUGGAAGGAGGCCCCCCAGGUGUUGUCCUGCUUUCUGUGACCAAGGAGCAUGAUCACCACCAGGUGGAGGUCCGGGACCUGACCCUGACCUUCCACAGGUACCAGAUCACUGCCCUGCUGGGGACCAACGGUGCUGGGAAGACCAUGUACAUCUUUACUGAGGGGGCUCUACCGCUCCUGCCAUCCGGAGCCAUUGCAGUCAAUGGCAGGAACGUGCAGACGGAGGCACCCUCGGUCAGGGCAGAGCUGGGCACGUGUCCGCAGCGCCACGUCCUGUUUGCCCCCCUCCCGGUGCUCGACCACCUGCUGCUAUUCCCCUCCCUGAAGGCACCGGGGACCCAUCAGGAGCUGCGUGGGCAUGUCCGUAGUUCACAUUGUUGGCCGUGGGAGCACCUGAAAAACAAGGGCAAGAACAGCUCCGAAUGUAAGUUGAGGUUCACCCUGCAGGAAAUGCACGGGGACGCUAACCAACCAUCAGGUGGGCAGACCGACAACCAGACCCGAGAAGCUCUCCUGGGCUCCUUCUGGGACGUGGGGCUGCCACGGCACCAGCCCCAACACGCCCGCGCCCUCUCAGGGGGCGCGUGGAGGAAGCUGUCCCUCGGCAUCGCCUUCCUCGAGGCGUCGAGGACCGUGGUCGGGGUGGACCCGUGUUCCUGCCGUGGCGUCUGGGACGUGCUCCUCGAAUACCAAGAAAGCCGGACUGUCAUCUUCACCACCCACCACCCUUCUGUUCUGGAGGGGGACCCGAAGGACACAGCUUGUGCCAUGUCUCCGAUGCAGACCUACAUCCCACAGGCAUCCCUCCGAGGCAGCAGCUGGGGCGAGCUGAGCUACACGAUCCCUGAGGAUGCAGACAAAGCCUGCUUCACAGGGCUUUUCCAGGCCCUGGACCAGAAGCUUCACCACCUGUACCUGACGGGCUGUGGGAUCUCAGACACCAGCUUAGAAGAGAAAACCGUCUGCCAGAAUGAAAAUGGGAUUGAAAUAGACUUGGGCGGGUUAAUGCUGGUGCCAGAAAGCAGCAGCUUCCGCUGGGGACUCAGGAAGUGGGGUAAGUGUGUGGAGACGGAGUUCGCGCCAGCGGUAGCCGCUGCCUCAGACUUAACGACAGGACAUCUUGGGGAAACCUUUGUGGGCCUGUCGGUCUUCAGGAAGCUGAAGACAGACGUGCCGUCGAGGGCACCCUCCUCCACACUCACCUCCUGGCCAGAGCGGAGGGGGAUUGAGCCGGGCAUCCUGAACCGACGGCACGCCUGCUGGGCCCCCCUGGUGCGGGGCGGUGCCCUGCUCUGGGCACAGACGGCCGCCCUCCUGCUGAAGCGGCUCCACCACUUGGGUCGGGCCUGGAAGGGCACCACCUCUGACCUGCUGCUGCCCGUGCUCUUCGUGGCCUUGGCGAUGGGCUUGCUCAUGGUGAGGCCUUUGGCCGUCGGCUGCCCUCCCCUCAAACUGACACCUGGCCAUUAUGACAUGGCCAAAACCUACUUUUUCAGCAGUGAGAACGGUGACGUGGAGCUCCGCCGCGUGCUUUUGUGGAAGUUUGGGGAUCAGGACCUGCUCUGUGCUGACUUACACUCAGACCUGGGGAAUUCUUCCUGCUGGUGCAUGGACCCCUUCUCUCACCCAGAAGUCCAGGAGUCCUGCGGCUGCCUGAAGUGCCCCAGUGGAAGCACCAGGGCUCCCCACCUGACCGUCCGCCUGGGCCACAGGCUGCUCAACCUCUCCGGCCCCCCGGAGUAUUUGCUGGCGCUGGAGGAAAAACCAAGGCUUGGAGGGUGGUCUUUUGGAGUGAGAAUCCCUGAUUAAGUUCAAGACGCACAUUCAAAUAUAUCAAAACCCAGAACUUUGGCAAAGGUUUGGGUGUUGUACAAUCAGAAGGGCUUUCAUUCCCUGCCAUCCUACCUGGGUCAUCUCAACAACCUUAUUCUGUGGAGGCUCUUCCCCCCUGUGGCAGACUGCAGGCAGUACGGAAUCACGCUCUAUAGCCACCCAUUUGGAGGAGCCUUGCUGAACGAGGACAAGUUCCUGGAGAGCUUCCGCCAGUGCGGCAUCACCCUGUGCAUUGGAUUCUCCAUCCUGUUCGCGUCCAUCAGCAGCUGUGUGCGGGACAGGGUGACUGGGGCCACAAGGCUGCAGCACAUGAGCGGCCUGGGCUACAGGACCUACUGGCUCAUCUUCCUGUGUGACAUGCUCUUUUACUCGGUUUCUGUCUGCCUGUGUGUCGCUGUGCUCCUCGCCUUCCAGUUAAUGGCUUUCACUUUCCGGGAGAACCUGGCAGCCACAGCCCUCCUGCUGGCACUUUUUGAAUGCGCAACUGUUCCAUGGAUGUAUUUCAUCUCCUGAAUCUUCUUCAGUUCGGACGUGGCUUUCAUCUGCUACAUCUCCCUGAACUUCCUCCUCGGCCUCUGCACCAUGCUGAUGACCGUCACGCCCUGGCUGUUGGCCUUUGUCUCCAAGGCUCAGAAUUUGCAGAACAUCUGCGACGUCCUCAAGUGGGUCUUCACUAUUUUCCCUCAAUUCUGCCUGGGUCAAGGGCUGACAGAACUCUGUUACAAUCAGAUCAGAUACAACCUGACCCACAACUUCGGCAUCGAUUUGUACAUGAGCCUCUUUGAGAUGAGCUUCCUGGGCUGGAUCUUUGUGCAGCUGGCGGUACAAGGGAUGGUCCUUCUCCUCCUGAGGGCCCUGCUGCAUGGGGACCUCUGGCAGUGGCCCAGGGGUCACUCUGCCAUUCGAGGCACAGUCACAUCUUCCAAGGACGUAGAUGUUGAAAAAGAGCAAGUGAGGGUGUUGGAAGGCAGAACUAGUAGAGACAUUCUCAUGUUGUACAACCUUAGUAAGAGUUACAGAGGCUUCUUCAAGAGGGCUUACUCAGGGGAGAGGGAACCAGGAAGCCAGCUUAGGUCAGGAGACAUCGGGAAACAAGUGUUCUGGAAGGAGAUCAGGAAGAAUGAAAACGUCUCAGCUUCCACCACAGAAUCCCCAGCUAAGGAUAUCCAAAGGUUCAAGUGCUUUCGGCUUCUACAGGUGAACGGAGCUGGGAAAAGCACCACAUUCAAAAUGCUGACCAGGGACCUGCCUCCGAGCUCGGGACACACCAUCCUUAGGACUCCCAUGGGAGAGGAUGUGGAUCUGGCUCUUGCUGGCACAGUCGGCAUCCACGUUGGCUACUGUCCACAGCAGGACGCCCUGGAUGAGCUCCUGCCCGGCUGGGAACACCUUUGUUAUUACUGCAGCCUGCGUGGGAUUCCAAAGCAGUGCAUCCCCAAAGUGGCCGGGGACCUCGUGAGGCUCCUCUACUUGGAAGCCCACGUGGACAAACGUGGGGGGACCAAGAGGAAGCUGUCCACAGCCCUGGCCCUGCUGGGGAAACCCGACCUUCUCUUACUGGACGAACCCAGCUCGGAGAUGGAUCCCUGCUCGAAGUGGCACCUGUGGGAGGCGGUGACGAAUGAGGCACAGGAGGGCUGUGCCGUGGUCCUGAGCUCCCACAGCAUGGAGGAGUGUGGGGCCGUGUGCCCGAGACUUGCCAUCAUGGUCCAUGACAGCUUCCAGUGUCUGGGUUCCCCACAGCACAUCAAAAACAGGUUUGGUGAUAGUUAUACAGUCAAGGUUUGGCUCUGCAACGAAGCAAAUCAACACAACGCUGUUUCCGGCUGCUUGAAGCUCUCGUUUCCAGGAAUCCAGUUUAAGGGGCAGCACCUUAAUUUAUUGGAAUACCAUGUGCCAAAAAGAUGGGCGUGCUUAGCGUUCAGAGUUCUGGAGGACAAUAAAAACUUCCUGAGUAUCAAAUAUUACUCCAUCAAGCACACCCCUCUGGAGCAGGUAUUUGUUAAUUUUGCGACUGAGCAGCAACAAACCGCACCACCUUCUGAUCCGUCCACCGGUCGUGAGCACCCACAGAACCUGCCUGUCUAA